AUGGAAGGAAAAAUAAAGUUGAACAUAGUGGACGAUUUAAAAUUAACUGGUUCGGAACAAUUGACACUUGCUACUCGAGGCUAUAAAAUGAUAAAGAAGGUGAAUGAGGGAUCAUAUGCUAAGGUUUACCUCGCGGAAUACAGAAACCCGAAUAAAAAUUAUAAGCUAACUGUAUUGGCGUGUAAAGUAAUCGAUACUAAUACUGCUCCAAAAGAUUUUGUUAAGAAAUUUCUUCCAAGAGAAAUAGAAAUGCUGAUAAAGCUUAACCAUCCACAUCUUGUUCACACUCACAGUAUAUUUCAAAGGAGAUUUAAAUAUUUCAUAUUCAUGAGAUAUAUGGAGCACGGGGAUUUACUUGAGCAUGUAUUGCAAAAAGGAGCGGUUCAAGAAGACCAGGCCAGGAUAUGGACGCGGCAGUUGGCCCUUGCCAUACAAUACAUGCACGAGCUAGAAAUAGCGCAUAGAGACAUCAAAUGUGAGAACGUACUUUUGACUGCCAACCAAAAUGCGAAGCUUUCUGAUUUUGGCUUCGCUCGCAUAUGCGUUGAUAAAAGCCUGAAGGAUAUUCAUAGUGACACAUUUUGUGGUUCUCUGUCUUACACGGCGCCGGAGAUCUUGCAGGGAUCUCCAUACUACCCGAAGCCAACGGACAUUUGGUCACUUGGUAUUGUAAUUUAUGUAAUGCUAAAUAGAGCAAUGCCCUUCGAAGAUAAACAUAUAAAGCAAUUGUAUCAAGCUCAGAUAAAUAAGAAUUGGAGAUUUCGAUCACGGUAUAUUGAUACUUUGUCGGAUAAUUGUAAGCGACUUGUUACACUGAUGUUGGAACCAAAUUAUCGAAAUAGAUUAAAAAUUGAUAGUAUCCUCAAUAGCGAAUGGAUUGCGAUGGACUCUAGGUUACUAGAGUGGUCACCUCAAGAAAUAAUGGCGUAUAAUAAAGCUCGAGAAGAAAGAAAAAGUUUAGUAAAAAAACUCGAAAUACAGGAACAUCUCACGGAACCUCUGCCGGAGACAUCUAUUGUCAAAACGAAUUGUGAAACAGUUGGUUCCUCUUCAACUUGA